AUGCUUGGGCAAAACCUAACUAGAACCAGCAAACGGGACACGGUGCAGACAGCUUUUACUGUUGAACCCAUCUACGUUCCGUUCCUCAUUGUUGGAUCAAUAUUUAUUGCCUUCAUUAUCGUGGGCUCUCUGGUAGCGGUUUACUGUUGCACAUGUUUAAGACCUAAACAACCGUCGCAGCCGAUACGAUUUUCUCUGCGGAGCUGUCAGACCGAGACUCUUCCCAUGAUCCUGGCCUCGGCAAGCUUCAGGACGCCGUCGAGGCAGUCCAGCACCGCCACAAGUUCCAGUUCGACCAGCGGCUCCGUGCGCAGGUUUUCCUUUCCCCGGGCGGAGCCUGGGUGCCUUGCGGCAUCGCCGCCUCCACCGUACACAUCUGGCUGCUUCCAGGCAGCCCACGCGGUCCACCUGACCCAGCCAUCGGGAUUUCUGGUGUCGCCGCCGUACUUUGGGUAUCCUCUCCAGCCAGAGCCUGCCCUAGCUGGGAAGAGCUGCUCCGAUUUUAGUCAGAGCUGAAAGGAGUUGUCACGAAGUCACACAGCCUUUGGAAGCGCGGGGACUGCUGCUGCGGGGUGUCACGCUGACGUGCUCUGGGGUGGCAGGAGGCAGAACCCUUCUCGUGGGUGAGUUGCCCUUGAAAAGUGC